AUGCGAGAGCUUCCUCCCCUGCAAAUCGACGGCAUCGAGGCUGAGAUGGCGCCCGAAAACGCGCGUGCUGGUCCCUCGAACCAGUCAGACGAAGAAAUGAGCCACUUCACGGUUCAGUCGGGCUCGAGUAAGCAGAAAAUACGCCGCAGAAUCAGAUACCGUUUCCUCACCCCUUCGGAAUGGGCUAUUGUUGCUCACGGUAUCGGGGGCGUCAACGACACCGAGGGACACAUUGCGCUCCAUCCGACUUGCUGGUACUACCCUCCCAAGGGAAUUCCCAACGGUCUUUACCGAGAUGUCGUCUGGCACCGUACCAAGUACUUCUACAUGUACCACGGCAUGAGCUCCAUCCGAUGGGUCGCGUACAUCUUGCAAAUCAUUUUCGGUGCUAUCCUCACCGCAAUUGGCUCCAUGUCGUAUAAGAACGGCACUCCCAUCACCAUAAUUGCGGCUGCAAACACUAUAAAUGCUGGCAUCCUCGCACUCUUGCACAACAGUGGGUUACCCGACCGCUAUCGCUCCGACCAGGCCGAGUUCGACGAGGUUGAAGACCACCUCAAGAAGAUCCUCGACACUGGAAUCGUCCCUGAGCAUAUGUCUGUUGACCAAGCUCUGAUCCAUUGUUUCGAUUUAUACCAGGAGGCCAAGAAGACCGUCUCGGCAAACAUCCCAGCGACUUACACCCCGAGCUCCGUUCUGUCAGGUGGCCCGCAAGGCGGCGAGCCGCAGAAGCCGGGCAUGCCUGGACCAGCGGCACCCAACGCAGCAAACUCGAUCAUUGAGGCCAGACUCUCAGUGGCUUCACCUCAUGCUGCUACGGAGGAGAAGUAA